AUGUGUAAAAAUGUGGAUGAUUGUAUUAAAACUUACAAGGCCGAAGAACAACAUGUAAAAGUGGUUUUUGUAACCAUUGAAAAUCAUUUAGCCAUACUGACAAAGAAUUUUACAAAUUAUUUCCUUGCUGUCGACAAACUCAUAGAAAGUUACGAGUGGGUUAGAGAUCCAUUUCAAAAUACUCCCGAAGUGCUCUCAAUUGCCGAGGAAGAAACCUUCAUAGACUUCACGACGAGUGGAGAAACCAAAAGACAAUUUAGUAAUAAAUCACUCUUUGAAUUUUGGGCAGGAGUGAGUGAUGAGUUCUCUGCACUAAAAACAAGGGCAUUUCGCAUUUUAUUACCAUUUUCAACAUCCUACCUUUGUGAAACUGGAUUUCUGCUGGCGGUGGCUUCAUUGAAGACAAAAUAUAGAUCUCAGCUAAAUAUAGAAAAAGAACUGAGAGUGUCUAUUUCUACCUUCCUUCGAAAAACUUUGCAAGACAGGCCCAAGGAAGUCACUAAGAAUUAUUAA